AUUUUACGAUGCGCUACGAAACUUGCCCGCUCCAAUUCCAAUGCCAACGUUUUGAUGUCGCGAGUUUAUUAUAUACGCCAAUUCGACCAAUAUCUAGAGCUGUAUUCAGUACAUUGCCUCCAAGAUGGCUGGCGUCCCCGAGAAAGCCAGGUUCUACCUUGAGCGUGCCGUUCCUCAACUACGCGAAUUCGAAGCCAAAGGCAUAUUCACUGCGGACGAAAUCCGUUCGCUCGUGCGGAAACGUACCGAUUUCGAACAUCUUGUCCUAUCGCCUGGAAACAAACCUUCCGACUGGUUGAAUUAUGCGACUUGGGAGAAAUCGUUGGAGACACUCCGCGCGAAACGAUGUCGCCGUCUACAAAUUCGCACUUCAUCGAAACACACUGGACAAGGAAGAAUAUUUGGAAUAUUAGAACGAGCUGUGAAUAGGCACCCAGGGAGCAUUGAGCUAUGGAAGGCGUAUCUAGCUUAUGCAAGAGACAUGAAAGCCACUAAGCGGUACCGGAAAGUAAUGAGUAGAGCACUAAGGAUGCACCCAGCGAAGCCCGAACUGUGGGUGAUGGCUGGUAAGAGAUCGGCAAGCAACGGCGAUAUGCAGGCUGCGAGGGGUUUCUUCAUGCGUGGCGCCAGGUUUUGCACCAGAGAUGCCACAGUAUGGCUUGAAUACGCCAGGUGCGAAAUGGAGUGGUUGGGGCGGAUGGAUGCGAGGAAAGGGAAGAAGGGUGGCGCCGAGAAAGCACUUGAAGAACAGGCCGAACAAAGCGACGAUGAGAUAAAGCUCGCCGGGGAAGACAGCGAGGACGACGAGGCCGAUGAAAACGAUCAAGAAAUCAUUCCGGAUCCUGGAAAUGCACCCGGGAAAAAGGUAUUCGAUGAAGACACGACUAAAAAGUUGGAAGGCAAUCCCGCUUUGGAUGGUGCAAUACCUUUGGCUAUAUUCGACAUCGCCAAAAAGCAGCCCUUCUUCAAUUCUUCAGUAGCGGAACAAUUCUUCGACCUCUUCGCUAGCUUCACUACCGUUUCCGCGCAAGCUCGCAUCGUCCAGCACGUUUUGGAUAGUAUGACCGAAAUCUAUCCUAAUGACCCGGCAACCUGCUUCUGCCACGUCCGACAACCACUGAUCAACGUCGAUAUAAACACCCCUUCAUAUCCUAAGGCUCUGCGAGAAGCACUUGUUCGUCUCAAAUCAUCCUUGUCCACUACUACCAACGGUAGCCAGCUAGCCGAGAAAACGAGGUUAUGGAUGCAACCGAUACUGGCUUCUGACGAUUUAGAUCCGGGCAUCCGAACCGUGUUAGAACACACGUGUCGCAAUUUGCCUAGCGCUUGAAAUCGUUUGAUCUUGUCCAAAGUCCCACUAUCCGUCCCAACUAGAGUAAGAAUCGCUCACAUUUAGCAUGACCCUAGUGUCUCGCCGCCCCGUACCUCUACUACGCCCAUCAAAAAUUCGAACUCGGCGGGACUCACGCGACUUACGCUUAACCGGCUCUGCUUUAGCAUUUGCAUGUUCUCGAGUGGCUGACCCGGUUUGCCCAUGUCACGAAGAUCCUUCAACUCAAUCUUCCGGUUGAACUUGCUGCGAAACACGACGUGUACAACACUCCAUUUUGGGUUAUCAGGUUU